GUUGGCUCAUUGGAGCAGGCCAUGCUGGAUGCUCUCGUCAUGGACCGUGUUGGCUUUGUCAAACUGUUGAUCGACAACGGUAUGACCAUGAACCGCUUCCUGACCGUGUCACGUCUGGAAGAGCUCUAUAACACGGUACUGACUUGAUCACUUUCUCUCUCUUGUCAUCUUUUCAGCUCCGUAUUUAUGAGUUACAAUAUAUUGUAUGCUGUACAUAAAGAAGCAAUUCUGUGUUUUCAUAUUGAAAGUACAGUGGCUAUUAGCUUACUCAUAUAUCACAAUUGCCAUAGCAGUGGUUUUAAUUGCAAUCACAAUAAUACAGUGUAAGUAUCUCUUUGGUUGUUUGGUUUUCCAAUUGUUUGAAUAUGUUUUGUAGAUCACAUAGCUCUUUGUCAUUAGUCCAGCUGUGGAUGGUCUUUCCAGUUAUAAACAAUAUUCAAUAAUUCAUUACAUUUUUAAUAAUGUAGCUCCAUAAGGAGACAAGUAACAACAUAUAUGAUCAUAUAAAAUUGUGGAAGUUUGUUUUCUGAAAGUUUUUUUAAUCUGGUCUACCACUUCAUUCCAUAGGAACAAAUGUAUUAUAAUCCAGAUUACUAGCCAUUUAAAUAUUAUUCUGGUUGGCAUUUGGCAUUUGGUUAUUUCUGAGUUGAUUGUGGAUAAUGAAGAGAUGACAUGUCAUUAUUUCGUAUAGCAACAGGGACCAACAGACAAUUUCCUCCAUCAACUUGUGGAAGAUGUGAAACAGGUGAAUACUGUUGAACAUGGAACAUUAGUGAAAAUGUAAGGUUUUCGUAUGUGUGUUUCUACAGUAUUUGUUUGUGGAAAUAUUUAUGUUUCAAAUACUCAGGUGUGUGUGCGUGUGUUGUUGUGUGUGUGUGUGUAUGUGUGUGUGUGUGUGUGCGUUUGUGUGUAGAACCAUAUACCCAAAGGAUACAGAUACUCCCUCAUAGACGUGGGGCAGGUGAUUGAGUAUCUGAUAGGAGGAGCCUAUCGGAGCACAUACACACGGAAACACUUCCGGGCCUACUAUAAACGCCUACAAGCCCACUCUAUGGUAAGAGACCAUGGUCGCGUUUCAGGCCGACUAUUUUGAAGUUGCCUGCCAGAUGUCACAGUGUCUGGAUAGGUAUUUAACCUAGGCCUAUCAACUGACCGCAUCAUAUGAUAUAUGUUGUGUUCCCCUGCUCAGACGUUGCAUGCAUCAACCAAUGGUUGCGUGCCAAGUCAUCGACUGUGCUGUCGGGCACCAUGUUGCUAUAACAUACACUGAGUAUACCAACCAUUAGGAACCUUCCUAAUAUUGAGUUGCACCCCUCCCUUUUGCCCUCAGAACAGCCUCAAUUUGUCAGGGCAUGUCAAAAGCAUUCCACAAGGAUGCUGGCCCAUGUUGACUCCAAUGCUUCCCACAGUUGUGUGAUGUUGGCUGGAUGUUUUUUGGGUGGUGGACCAUUCUUGAUACACACAGGAAACUGUUGAGUGUGAAAAACCCAGCAAUGUUGCAGUUCAUGACACAAACAAGUGACAUCAAUAAGGAAUCAUAGCUUUCACCUGGAUUCACCUGGUCAGUCUAUGUCAUGGAAAGAGCAGGUGUUCUUAAUGUUUUGUAUACUCAGUGUGUGAUGUGGUUAGCAGAUAGGCCUACAUAAAAUACCUAUCCAGGUGUUUUAAGAUCUGGAAUGCGUCAGCAACAUCUUGGCAGAGGAACACGACCAUAGUAAUGUAGAGCCCCACUAUUCAGUCGAUGACAUGGCACACAGCCAUUGGAUGCUGCAUGCAGUGUGACUACAAUGUAGUUGGUCUACAACACAGCCCAUGUUAAAUGUCUGUAUACAGUACACGCACGGCAAGAUAUUACCCUUGGCCCUCAAGCAGUGGACACCAAUGGACACCAAUAAUAUAGCAGUAUUUUUGUUGUUGUUUUGGUUUUGGUUUGUUAUGUUUUUGUUUUGAAAUGUAACCUUGUGUACUUUGUACUGAUUUGAGUGGCCAUCAUUUCCAGGACACUGGACUGGACAGGACAGUUCAGGACCCCGGACCAAACAGGGCAGCCUGCACCAUCAACCCACCCCAAAGCCCUAACAGCAGUCCGUCAUGCCCACCCGUCUUCCACACUGCUCAGCCCCACAAACGCAAUGUCUGUGAAAGAUCUGGGACCAGCACAAACAGAUCUGGGACUAGGCUAACUUGUCUCCUACAAACGCAAAGUCUUUUAAAGACUCUUGUCUCCACUCACACACUGAAACACACACACAGGCUAUUGAUUGCUAGUAUAUUCUGUGGCUACAAAUACCCCCUGUGCAUUAUUGUUCUCAUUGACUGGCUGCCUCUCCCCUCCCUCCUCUCUCUCCUCUCUCCCUCCCUCCUCUCUCUCCUCUCUCUACAGGAGAGAUCCAUGGUGCCCAGGGAACUGAAGGAAGCCCAUCAGCAGAGCUCCAAGCUGGGCGACUCUUCUCUGGUUGUGUUCAACUUCAACGACCUGUUUGUGUGGGCCGUGCUGCAGAGACGCCAGCAGAUGGCGCUAUUCCUGUGGCAGCACGGGGAGGAGGCCAUGGUCCGGGCUACGGUGGCCUGUAAGCUGUACCGUGCCAUGGCCCACGAGGCUCAGCAAAGCAACAUGGAUGACAACACGACGGAGCAACUCAAAACCUACUCCCUGUCAGUGUUUCCUUGUACACAUGUUGAAAUGUUUUUUUUUGUAUGUUGUUUCAGCAGAGUGGACUUUUGUGGUUGUGUUACUAUGUUUAUGAGUGCGUGUUUUCCGGUCUGUGUUUCUCAAUGUUCGUCUGUUGUGGAAUGGAUGGCUGCAGGGACUUUGGUCAGCUGGCUGUGGAUGUGCUGGACAAUGCCUUCAGGCAGAACGAGCGCAUGGCCAUGAAGUUGCUGACCUCGGAGAUGGAGGCCUGGAGCCACUUCACCUGCCUGCAGAUGGCCAUGUCCUCCCAGCUCCGCCCCUUCGUCUCCCACUCCUGCACCCAGAUGCUGCUCACCGACCUGUGGACUGGUCGCCUCAACAUGAGGAAGAACUCCUGGUUCAAGGUGAGGGUCUCAAACUCAUUUUGUCUUCUGUAUUGCCUUGGCCUCAAAAGCCACGGGCCGUACAUACUAAGACAACCGCAGAUCACAUUAAAUCAGAUAAUGGGCCGUAUCUGGCCUAAGGGCCACCAGUUUGAGUGUUCAAGGCACCUUGCCUCCUUUUAUGAUUCUGGAAAGUAAUGUAAAGCCAGUGCACCUCAAUGUUCUUUCCAUGCUGAGAUUGAAUGACAGCAUAAAUAAGCAUUAGUUCAAGUGUAUUCUUAGUCUAUUAAUAUGAUUAGUCUAUAAAUAGUAUAUUAUUUAGUCUAUUCAUAUCAGUCGAUGUUGUGCUGUUCCAGCAGUUACACCUCAGAUUGGAUGUUUGUUUUUGUGUCUCAAUCUUGUGUGUGUGUGUGUGUCAGAUCAUCCUGAGCAUCCUCAUGCCCCCUGCCAUCCUGCUACUAGAGUUUAAGAGCCAGGCGGAUAUGUCCCAUGUGCCCCAGUCCCAGGAGGCUUUGCAGUUUGUUUGGGACACGGGGAGACCAGAGGCAGACCAGGAGGAGGGGCAUACAGUAACUAAGGUGCCAAAAUGUACACCGUACACCAGUCGCUCUGAAUUUCAGUCCUUCAAAUUCCUGUCAUGUAGGUUGGUAUUCUAAUGUGAGAUUGUUGAUACCAGGGUUGUUUUUAUUAGGCAUCAAAUGGAAGAAAAUGGACUGAAACAGGGAGGGACUUUGCUCAUUAUUGAUUUCCGUUGCAAAACGUUUUCUGUUGUGUGCCCUAAUGAACGUGGCCCUGAUCUCUUGGUGCUCUGAAGGAUGGCCAGUAUGUGGAGAAGGGGUCAGCGUGCUGGGAGAGGAUCUCAGACCCCGUAGCUGACACAGUCACACCCGUUACCACUCAGUGUCUCUUCUGGACCAGGAGGCUGUACGAGUUCUACAACGCUCCUGUCGUCAAGUUCAUGUUCCACACGGUGAGCUAGCAGCAUGCACCCACCCCACUUCUCUGUUUAUCACUGUCAUUUCUCCCAUACAGUUUGCAAUAUGUUGAGGGAAAAAAAGUAAUCAUAAAACUCUUCUACGCCUCAGGACAUGCUUAUUAUGCAAAGAGGGACCUUUUGUUGAAAAUAUUUCUCAGUCUGAUACAAAUGACAGUGAUUAGAAUCACUAGAUCCCUGUGUCUUGGUGGUUUUCACACUCUGGUCCAUGUGCUGAUGCUUUUUCACUGUGUGGUCUAGAUGUCCUACCUGGCCUUUCUCAUGCUGUUCUCCUACACUGUUCUGGUGAAGAUGGAGGAUCGGCCCAGCACUCAGGAGUGGCUGGUCAUUACCUAUAUUGUAUCCACCGCAGUGGAGAAAAUAAGAGAG